UCUGUUGCUGCCGAUACAACUUCUGCCACCACCUCAGCGACCUCUACUCUCCUCUAUUCUACAGUUCCCCAUCUUAUGCCUGAAUCCUGUCAAGAACAGACCCAGACUUCUCUUCCACUUGGAUUGGCUCAUAUGUCCGACACACGCCUGACUGAUUUCGCUGCCACGAGCUCAUUUGACAAAGAAUCUGCACCUGCUCCGCCAGCUCAUAUAUCCAAUCUAAACACAAAUGCCUCGGUAACCAAGCUUUCGCCUUCAACUCUCGUCCGUCGUCGCGGAUUCCGACGUCGUCGACCAAAUUUGGGGGCUCCUGUGAUUGAAGUUAACCUCAAUGCCAGCACUAAACCCGACGGUUCGACGCAUAGAUUUGCAGGAGACUCUGUUCCUUCGAGGAAUUCAGAAGCCGAAACGGAGCCACAGUUGGUUCAACCCAUAUCGAUCCCAGAAUCUUCAUUUACUGAUGAUAGCUCUAAUCUAUUGUUGGCACAGGCUAUUACCACUAUCGAUUCCUGUGAAUCCUAUGAGGACAAGAGUAUCUCAAUAUCUGCCACACUCUCAAAUCUGCCCCAAAACGUCAACUCUAGCACACAACUUUCCAAGAUGAUGAAUAGCUCUUUUGAGGUCCAAAAAAUUAACAAUGCAAGUGACCACUUUUCUUCCUCACUAAUGCGUCUUUUGCAUCUAUACAUCAAAUCACAUAUUCAUCGAUGUCUCCACACUCACCAGUCUCAUCAAGAUCACCGCAAAAGUACUGAUACUGAGGUUCCGAUAAUAGACGAACUGGGAUUGCAAGAAAACGCACCGAUCGAGGCUGAGUGGAAGAAUACCCUCUUGUUUAAGAAGUCAAAAGGCACCAGAAACGAUACUGCUGCCAGUGGGCCAUUGUAUCUUAAUUGUGAUCUAGCACGAUUUUUUGUUUUUUUGUUACUCACACGGACUGUCUAUUGA